AUGACUGGUAGAGACGCAUUUAAUAGAAGUUCACGAACUCUGCGAAGCCCUCCUCCAGAAAGAAGAGCGGCUAUGGAAACUGCCCAAGGAACCCCGGUAGCCGUAGCACCAGCCGAAGGACCCGAAAUUGUAUCAACUGCCGAAAUCCAGAAUUGGAUAUCCGAAAUUGAAAGGCGCCUUAAUGAAAUUUGCACCAUUUCAAAUGAGGGCAAGUUAAAUUCAGACCAAAAAAUUAGAAUAAACACGCUUAGUAAAAGCGUUUUGGGCGGAAUCUCUCAAAUGGCUGUUCAGUAUCAAGCGGUCAAACAGAAUUUCUUACUUUGCCAAGCUCAAGUGAAUACCCUGUCCCAGCAAAAAAACAUUAGCACCCAACUUCAUGAAAUCAAGCAGCGCCUGGAAGCUAAAACAACAACCGAAGCAAAACAAUCCUUCGCUGAUAUGGUCAGGACCGGGAAAAGUUCAGCUGUGGUGCCCACCAAUACUAGCAGCAUCGCUAUUUAUCCUGCAGAUAAAGAAAAAUCUAGUGAGGAUACCAAACACCUGAUCCAAAACUUAAUCAAGCCAGAGGCCCUAAAACUUCACGUUCGCGGUAUGAGGAAGACAAAGAAUGGUGGUAUCAUAAUCAGCACUGAUAGAAAGGAUGACCUCGAAAAGCUUAAAGCAUCUCAGCAGCUUCAGCAAUCGGGACUUAAAGUGGAAGACACGACCAAAAGGAGACCGAAGAUAAUCAUACUAGGAGUCCCGACAAAUAUGACCGAAAAAGAGGUAUUCGAUUGUAUUUUCGAACAAAACUUUGUGGACCUUCAACCGAGUCUCUCCAGGGACAUAUUUAUGAGCUCAGUGAAACUUAGUCAUAAAUCAGGAAAAAAGGACUUAUCCACCUGCAACUACAUUCUAGAAUGCACAGCCGAAAUACGACGAAUGCUUAUACAACAACAACGCGUUUUUAUUAAUUGGACAUCUUGCCCAGUACGAGACUUUACUCUCUUGACCAGGUGUUAUUUUUGCCAUUUAUACGGCCAUUCGGCUAAAUAUUGCAGAGAUACAGCACCUACGUGUGGACAUUGUGGGUCAUCAGGACACAGUAUAAAAGAGUGCACAAAACAAGGCGAUCCUCCCAAAUGCGCUACAUGUCAACGCUUUAAGAAGCCGUGCAAUCAUAAAACCGGAGACGAGCAGUGUCCAGCGAUGAAAUUUGCGCAAAUUAGAUAUUUAAAUUCCAUAGACUAUGAAGGCGACUAGAGCGCCGCGAUUAAACGCCAUUU